CCAUGGUUGUACCCCUACAACAACCUCUGCGUCUUGACCAAAAAAGGUGAAAAACACACACAAAGGAAAGAGGAAACACCCACUACCUCGGGGGAGGGCAUCUCCUCCGGCUCCCUCCUCGAGCCUCCCUCUCCUCCUCUGACUUCCCCUUUUAAAAUUCCCUCGCCGCCGCGCCCCGCACUCCCGCACACCUCACCCUCAACCUCAACCUUCUCGGCUCUCGCCUCGCAACAGGGCAGCGCCACCGCGCCCCGUCUACGACGCCGCAAAACCGCAAUGGGGAACAGCAUCGGGGGCAAGCGCAAGAGCGCCAAGGUGAUGCAGCUGGACGGCACCUCCUUCCGCGUCAAGCCCCCCGCGGCCGCGGCCGACGUGCUGCGGGACCACCCGGGCUUCCAGCUGCUCGAGUCCGAGGAGGUCAAGCUCCUGGGCGCCCGCGCGCGCCCGCUGGCGCCCGACGCGCCGCUCCGCCGCGGCCGGCUCUACUUCCUCGUCGCGCUCCCGCGCCGCGCGCCCGCGGGGCCCAUGCGCCGCGCCUGGUCGGGCAACCUCAACGUCGGGGCCCGCGAGCGGCUCGAGUCGCUCAAGCUCGCGCGCCGAUCCACCUCCGACCUCUCCUCGCUCCCCGCCCACGCCGCCUCCGCGUCCGCCCCCACCUCCCCGCUCCCCGGCCGCGGCGCCGCCUCCCCGCUGCCCGGCGCCGGCGGCGCUACGCCCGUGCGCCUCAAGAUGCGGCUCCCCAGGGCGCAGGUGGAGAAGCUAAUGGGGGAGAGCAAGGACCCCGCCGAGGCCGCCGCCAAGAUCAUGGAGCUCUGCGGCGCGCACGCCAGCGCCCGGGUCACCCCGGAGCGCCCGCCCGGGAUACUGCGGAGCCCUAGGUUCGCCAAGACGCCCGAGUGGGGCGCCGGGUUCAUGCUGCCGGCGCCGGCGCCGGCCAAGACGCCGCAGCGGUGGCCCACGCUGCCACGCACCAACGAGAAAAAGGCACGGUUCGUGGAGUUGCCGGACGAGCUAAUAGCAUGACUCUGUACUUCCCUGAAGCGAGUUAACACUUGUUUUUUUAUUUACUGUCGCAAAGCAUGUUUGGUGAGGUGAUUGUCAGACCAGGAGAUAAGGAAUUGUAAACUUAUCUUCAGGCGGCGCUGUACUUCUUCCGCUGCUCAUUUGAGCGAAACAAGUAUGGUUUGAAGAUGAGAAGCCGCCGAUGGCUUCCGAUUCACCUUUGAUCCAGUGUGUCAUUCUGACACCGUGUUAGACUCUCAGUAUGUUUCCUUCCGCCUUCUCCAAUCUGUGUGUGUUCCUGUUGGUUUAUUAUUAGCCCACCACUAUAUGAUGCGUUAAUGUGCAACAGUGCAAGGCCAAUUAUUCAGGUCAACUCUGGUUGCCAUUGGGUAGCUUCAACUUAGGAAGAGGCACAUGUGCUGCAUCUCCAUCUAUACAUACACCUCUCUGCAAGUAUCAGGGAUGCCAA